CCGCGCCAGCGCCGCGCGCACUCGGCCGCGGCGCGUGUGCGCGCGGCCGCGGCCGCGGCCAUGCGCACGAGCCGGGGGCGCCUGGGCUCCCCGCCGGGGGACGUGGGAGAGCCGGGCAGAACAUGUCCGCUGGGCGCCGUGUGCAUGGUGAUCCAGGACAUGUUGGCCCUGAAGUACGGCUGCCACAUCGACGAGGCGGACUUCAUGAGCAAGGCGCGGGUUCGCUGCGAUCAGAACGAGCGGCUGUCGCCCGAGUCGCUGGUGCACGCGCUCAACUCGGAGCCCGCGCUGAAGCUCAAGGACGCUGGGAACGAGCGCCUCCUGCAGGUGCGGCUCUCCUCCGCGGCGGUGCGCAGCUUCGCCGAGCUGCGCAGCUCCACUUGCCGCUGGCAAGGUACCGCGUCGGCCGUGGCGGCCGUGGCGCUGGGCGAGGGCGGCGGGCCGCAGCUGGUGGCGCCGUACCGGGAGGCGUACGGCGACGCGAGCCGCCUGGUCGCCAAGGCCCGGGCGCCCGCCAACGCCGCCGUGCGGGUGACCGACCUGGGGGUCGGGCCGGCCCCGCUCGUCACCUUCGCCGAGAGCGGGUUCCGUGGCGCCAUCGUUCUGGACCCCGUCAUCGAGGGGGUG